AUGUUACCUGGUCUAGAUGUGCAUACUGCAAAACCAUUCAUUGACAACAGAUCUAUUUAUUUGGUUAUUUUAGUCGUAGCAAAUUCAAACGAUAUUUUAACUUACAGCAUUUCUGUCAAAAUUUAUGAUCGUUCUCAAUACAACGUUAUUACAGUUGAAGACGAGCUUGUUGGAACUUUAACAGAUUUCAAUAUGGUAUUAGAAGAUGUUGUGGAGUACGAAUUACUGAAUGGUAAUCAUAUCACAAUGUUGGUACCUGGAGGCGAAGGUCCUGAAGUUUAA